AUGGCUACCGUUCGCAUAAAACAAGGCGUCGUUGAAGGGUCUGUACUGGAUGGGAUCUAUUCAUUCUUGGGCCUCCCGUAUAGCGAACCACCGAUUGGCGACCGCCGCUGGCGACCAGCUUCCUCUCCACCUGCUUGGGAGGGUAUCCGAGAUGCAACUCGCUUUGGAAAGGCGGCAGUUCAAACCGUUGACACUGGGGUUGAACUUGGUGUAGAGUCUAGUGAAGACUGUCUGUAUCUGAACAUCUGGACCGCGAGUUUGGAUCCGUCAACACAGCAACCUGUCAUGGUCUGGAUUCAUGGCGGUGGUUUCCUAAAUGGAUCUUCAUCGAUGGAUGUUUAUUCUGGCCAAGACCUAGCACGUCGCGGCGUAGUCGUCGUAUCAAUCAACUAUCGUCUCGGUGCAUUUGGAUUUCUGCGUCACCCAGAAGCUGGCGGCAAUUUUGCAGCCACAGACUGGGUUGCCGCUUUGAAAUGGGUGGCAGAGAACAUUACAAUGUUUGGCGGACAUUCCCAGAAUGUCACUAUAUUUGGCCAGUCCGCUGGCGCAGUCGCAGUCCGGACUUUGCUAUGUACUCCAGCCGCUCGUGGCCUGUUUCAUCGUGCCAUCAUCCAGAGUGCUGGUUUUGAGGAUUACGCUGCCACACCAUCACCAAACGCAGAACGCGUUAACAACACGAGCGAAAAAUUCAUGAAUCUAUUGGGAAGCCGAGAUCUGGAUGUACUUCGUCGUAUCCCUACAGAGCAGAUUCGGGCCGCUUCAUUAACAGUAUGUGGAACUCGACCGCCUCCUGGAUACCUUCAUUCUCCGGCAAAUUUAGCAUGGUACCCGGUACCAGAUGACGAGGUUGUAAUGAGGGAAUUCUCCGCUUGGGAUGAAGAUGUCCCAGUGCUGUUUGGCUGCACACAGCAUGAAGCCCGAGCUUUUUGGCGUCCAACGGGUCUUCAUACGGGUCCUGGUCAAGAACCGUCAGAGAUAUAUACCUUUAACACUCUAGCCAAUAUGUCCAACAUCCUAGCACGCGGUGGCGACCACGAGAUGAUGAAUUACUUUAGCAAUGGCAAGUUCAGUCCGUACCAAGCGCUCACAGAAUUAUGCACCGCAGCUAUUUGGAUGGAGCCGGCAAUGGCUACUUACCACAGAUUUGCUGCAUUGAACUGUAGGACCUACUUCUUCUUAUUUUCGCGUAUUUCUCCUGCUACCCGUCGUUCUGAUAUGCUGGCCUACCAUGGCGCCGAGAUACCCUAUAUAUUCGGUAACGUGUCUGAGGAUGGAGUUUUGAAGCCGUGGUUUGCAAAAAAGGCAUCAGCCGUCGAUGUUGGACAGUCCGCCAGGGACAAAGACUUUGAUGCGACUGACGUACAAAUUGCGAACGAUGUUCAGAAUGCCUGGGUGACUUUUGCUCGAACUGGAGAACCUCAGUUUUCGGAUGGCUCUCCAUGGCCCCAAUGCGACACGAGAGACAUGCAAUUGACGGUUAUUGGGGAUAAAAUAGAAGCCAAAUAUUGGGAUAUUGACGGGGUGGUCGGAAUUCUCAGUUCUUUGCGAGAACAAACACUGGAGUGA